UUUGCGAUGAAGUUAUCCCCAUUCUAGUAGCUCACCUAAAGCUAUCUGUUAUCUAUAGAUAAAAAGUACUUGGAAGUUAAACUCGGAAAAUGGCAAAUAUUAUCAUGUUAUUCGGAGCACCAUCAGCAAAUUGCUUAGUAUAUGACGGCGUUUCAACGGCAUCGUUUAUAUUUUUACUUGACCGGUUACUAAGAAAAACAUUUAAUAGGCCUAUGACCAAUUUGAGCUACAUUCCUAUUUGUUUCACCUCAUUAGAUAUUCUUAAUUGAGAAGUGACAAAAUUAGGAUAGUGUGUAAAAAAUGAAGCCGAUUAUUAACAUAAAAUUUGAUCAAAGCGAGUGCGUUUAUUACAGUGGACAAGUAGUUUCUGGAAAAGUUGAAAUUUCUUUUUCAAAAGCUAAAAAAGUUCGAGGAAUUGUAAUCAAAAUAACCGGACUCGCUAAAGCACAAUGGAAGGGUAAAUAUCACUCUUGGCCUGAAGACGAUAAUAAAAGACGAACCCGCACAUCUCAGUUCCAAGGAAAUGAAGAGUAUCUCUCAGUGACAACGUACUUAUUUGGGUCCGAAACCGCAACUCCUGUUGAAAUUCUUCCUGGUAUCCAUACGUUUAACUUUGCUUGUUCUAUACCGCCAUUUGCACCAUCUUCAUUCGAAGGAACUUAUGGGCAUAUACGAUAUGUCGCAAAAGUUAUAUUGGAUAGACCAUGGAAAUUCGACCAAACGUACAGCGUGGGCUUUACAGUUUUGAAAACACUAGAUCUUAACUAUGAUUCACCUUUAUUGCGAAUUCCAGCAGAAGUUGAGGUGGUCAAAACGUUUUGGUGUGGUAUUUGCACAUCGGGUCCCCUUUACCUUAAAGUGAAGAUACCUCAAACUGGGUUCGUUCCUGGACAAGCAAUACCAGUCCGAACUGAGAUCGUUAACAGUAGCAAUGUUAAGGUCCCAGAAAUAAGUUUUUAUCUUCGAAAACUAAUAACUUAUCGAGCGGACACACCAGGAGCAGAUUAUAAAGAAGAGACAGUUGAUCUUGCGCGUAAAUCUUAUGGAAACGUUUCUCCCAAAGGAAGUACAAACUUUGAGGAAACAUUGAUGGUACCAGCAGUACCACCGACAAGCCAAUUCCAGUCAAAAAUUAUUCAAAUCAACUAUGACAUCAAAGUGGAAGUUGAGCUCUCCGGAGGACAUACGAAUCCAUUUGUUUUGUGUCCAGUUACUAUUGGCACGGUUCCCCUCUUUACUAGCUCUCAACAGCCUAUGGGACUACCAUAUGGGGUGGAUAUGGAUGCAAGCCAGUCACAUUCAGCGCCUGCGUCGUCAUAUUUUCAAAAUAAUGCAGCUCUGAGUAACACAGAAGCUCCACUUAGUUUGCCUGUCAUAGCCCCUGUCUAUAAUAGGGCGCCAAGUACACCGAACAGUAACUUACCUCCUCCUACUUACGAAGAAUCUAUUCUUAUGAUGCGUGCUCGUGUGGAUGAGGGUGAGGAGCAUUCGCUACAAAGAACUGAUUAUGUUCCCAGGUAUCCUGUGUACAAUUUUAAUGCCCCCUCGGCACCUCAAGAAUUUGAAAUCGCAGAAGAUGUGCUGCAAGGAAAAUACGUUAUAUAAUAUUAUUACUGAAUAUUUUAUAUUUCCAAGUAAUUGUUUAUUUUGUAAAUAUAUUCCUUUUUGUAUCCUUUAUUUAUAAAAUAAUACUCUUAAAAUAAUGCAAAUAAAUUCAGCGUUCGUAUGAAA